AUGCUCCCACCGGUGCCCCGUGACUAUCAGUCUGCCACCGAGUAUCGCUUCGGCGAGAACCAGGUGAACGAUAUCAUCCAUUUUGCUGGCUGCCGUCGCGAAGGCUUCCCGCCUUGCGUCAUCUGGUUCCCCCAAGCCAGCAUACCCAGGCUUCGACAAACCAACACAGGAGCGCGGCGGGUCGUGGACGCCCUCAGCCAGUAUCAAGUGGUGGCCUCACACGGACUAAUUGGUCUCUGCGCCUUGCUACGCACGAGGCUUGCCGCCACCGUCUCAUUGCUCGACUUCCACAGGGUCCUUUGCACCGAGGCCUGCGCUCUCUGUGGCGACUUCAGCGGCGGAAUAGUGUCCCUGCCGACGUGGAGCCGAUGUUGCUUUCGGUGCCUAUGGGCGGCACCAGAAACCCAAAUACGGAGCCUGGGCGGAGUCCGGAAGCUAUUUGACUUCUCCAAGGUCCAGCUAGCGAGCCUGCAUCCGUUCAAAACCUUGGGCGGGAUAUGUACGAGGGAAGCGCCUCCACAGAGCCCGCGUGCCGUAGUCUCCCUACACCAGGCGACCCUACUCGCUGGGCAGCAAAAGGAGGAUUGCUCGGCAUAUAGCGAUAAUUGGAAAGGCCAAAAAUACAACUUCCUGGGAGCAUGCGAACUUCCGUACUACAACAGACGGACCGGCGAGGCGGAACACGGCGGCAUCUUUUGUGCUGGCUGCGAACUUGCGUUUGAAGAGAGGGCGGACAAGACCGGCGACGCGGCGGCGUGGGCAGUCCAGGCUUGUGAUACAAUGUUGUCGAAAGAGGCUUUUCUGGAGCACUUCAAAUGGUGCAAAGAGCUGCCGGUUCGAUGCAACACACACUCCAUCUUUGAUCGCACAACCCUUGACCACAACCCGCCCCAACCCAUACCAUCAGUUAACACCAGCACCAACACCAACACCAACCCCCAAAACAAGCUCAACCCAACCCAACCCAACCCACCUCCGCCCCAAAAAAUGAACCUCGCCGUCUUCUCCGCCAAGCCCUACGACCGGGACUUCCUGACCCUCGCCAACAGCACCCUCCCCACCCACCACACCCUCACCUUCCACGACUUCCCGCUCACCGCCGACACGGCCCCCCUCGCUUCCGGCGCCGACGCCGUCUGCGUCUUUGUCAACGACGCGCUCUCCGCCCCCGUCCUCCAAACCCUGCACGCAGGCGGCACGCGGGCCAUCCUCCUGCGCUGCGCGGGCUACAACCACGUGGACCUGGCGGAAGCGGAGCGGCUGGGGCUGGCGGUGGCGAACGUCCCCGCCUACGCGCCCGAGGCGGUGGCCGAGUUCGCGGCGGCGCUGCUGCAGACGCUGAAUCGGCGGACGCAUCGGGCAAGGGGGCCCAUGUUGAUCAAUACGUCGCGGGGCGGGCUGGUGCGCACCGAGAGUGUGAUUGCUGCGCUGAAGAGCAAGCAUCUGGGUGGGUUGGCGCUGGACGUCUAUGAGGCGGAGGCCGCGCUGUUCUACCAGGACCACAGCGCCGAGAUCAUCCAGGACGAUGAGCUCAUGCGGCUGAUGACGUUCCCCAACGUCGUGGUGUGUGGGCACCAGGCCUUUUUUACCGAGGAGGCCCUGACCGAGAUCGCCGAGUGCACGAUGCGGAAUCUCGAUGACUUCUAUAACAGGAUACCCUGUAAGAACGCGCUGGUCAAAGAGGGCCAUGUGCUGGCCAGGCGGGAGUCAUUGCCGGUUCGGAUCUGA